CCUGACAGCCUUUACUUUCGAAUACUUCUUCAAGCAUAUGAGCAUAUAGUGCCUUUUGAAGGAAUGGGAAGCAUCUUCUGAUAUGCCACAGUCACAUAGUAAUGAGGAAGCAAAUGAGUCACUGCUCAGAAAAUGCAACAUCUACUUAGAUGCCAUGGGUCAGCUGAUCAAUCAAAAGGAGAUGAAAACAGAGGGCAAAGUAUUAUUCUGUCCAGAAAAUAAAUCUAACAUCUCUCUCUCUCUCUCUCUCUCUCUCUCUCUCUCUCUCUCUCUCUCAUCUAUUUACCUACCUAUCCAUCUCUCUCUCUCUCAUCUACUUACCUACCUAUCCAUCUCUCUCUCUCUCAUCUACUUACCUACCUAUCCAUCUAUCUAUCUAUCUAUCUAUCUAUCUAUCUAUCUAUCUAUCUAUCUACUAUCUAUCUAUCUAUCUAUCUAUCUAUCUAUCUAUCUACUAUCUAUCUGUCUAUCUAUUAUCUAUCUUUAUCUAAAUCUAUCCUCACAUAUGUAAAUAUAACAAAAUACAAAUUAAUAUGAAACUCAGGACACAAAAUAUUAAACUCCAAACUCUUUAAAAGCCCUAAGAAGAAGAAUAUCCUUAAAAUGUAAUGGAUAAAAUGAAUAAAAAUUCAGUGACAUUGAGCUAAUGGCAAUUACUAAUUUUUGUUUUCCAAAGAAACUCCCAAAGUCAUUAGUUCAGAGCAGGUAAGAUGGCUCAGCAGGUCAAGAACUUGCCCCCAGGCCCGACCACUUGAGUUUAAUCUGCGAGACACACAUGGUGCAAGGAGAGAACUCAUUCUUGCAACUUGUCCUCUGACCACCAUGGGGGUGCUCUGUGACAGGGCAUGACUCUGUCCCCCACGUACACAAAAUAAAUAAACACCACUUUUUUAAAAAAAGACCUCAUUCAUACCAUGCUAAUUCCUUUUAUCCUUAUUUUGACAUAAUAAGCGAUGCUGAUUUAUUAGAACAUAAUGUGGUGUGGUGUAACUAGAUUUUUAUCAUUCAGUGUGUACCUUUUAGAAACCAAGGGCCUUUUAAUGUAACAUAUUUUUGAAAACUAUUUCAUACGUGAAAUCAAAUGCAGUUUCCCCAGAGAUUAAUUAAUUAAUGAAUUAGUUAAUGUUUGAGAGAGGGACUCACUAUUUCUCCCGGGCUAGCCUGGAACUCUAUGUGGACCAGGAUGCCCCCAAACUCUCCGAGAUUCACCUGUCUCAGUCAUUUUUGUGUCAGAAUUGCAGGCAUUAUCUAAGUCAGCUCUACAGUAAUGUCUAGAAGGAAAACAAAGGAACUUUGCGUUUUUCUUGCCUCCCUAUAGUGCCCUCUUUCCAUGUCUUCUAUCUGUUUCUUCCAAUGCUUGCUAGAAGCAAUGUCAAGCCUGAUCUUUGGCUGUGAAGGACCUCGUCUUUUCUACCAUCUCAUACUGGGCAAGAGUGAGGCAUUUCUAGAUUGUUCUGUGCUCAUCCCAUUUUCUUGAAUUUUGAGGUAAAAAAAUAGAUUGCUAAAACUCCUCUGCUUUAGCUAACUAGAUAUAAGACAUUUUAUAAUUUUGAACUCCCCAACACAUGGUGUGCUUUCGAGCUAUUGCUUAAAUUGUCCAGGCUUCAGGUUUUAAGACCACAUUAUUAAUUUCCUCACAUUUAUGAUCUUGGCAUAUUUUAUAUUUAAUCUUUUAUGAAGAAUAAUUUGACUUUAUCUUGGGCUGUGUUUGUGCUAGGCCAUCAAAUCAGGUGGUGACCCAGUGGGAUCAACGAGGACAUUAAAACGACUGCAGAAAUGGCUGUGGAUCAAAAAAGCCAGAGUGCAGAGCCUGAAAGAGAUGAAGCCGGUGUUAAUAGAGCCCCGUGGUGAUGACACAAUGCUAUCCUGUGUGAAAUUAACCAAAUCCCAAGAGAAGAAAGAUGUUAACAUGUACAUGAGGAAAUGGGAAGAACUGGAUGCUGGACUGGAGUCUCCUUCUGCACCCGGGGAUAGACCCAGCGCUUCAAAUGGGCACAUCCUGGAAGACACAGUGUCUCCUUAUGAAGCUGGAGUUACACUGUGGAAGACCUGGAAACCGUUUCCAGAAAACCCAACCUGGUCAGGUGUUGAUUUUCCAAUUGCCCAAGGAGGCCACUGGGGCGGCUGUUGCUCCUGCGGUCACCAACUGCGUCUCAAGUCUUCUUACACAGAUAUGGAUCUCUCGAAUACAUGGCGCAGCAGCAGUUUUGGGAAUUUUGAUCGUUUUCGGAAUAAUUCCACAUCAAAAUCUGAUGACUCAACUGAGGUCCAUGAAGGGGAAGUAACAAAUGGAAGUGAAGAACAAAAGAAAACUUCAAAUAAUGGAGCAAAUCUAGGUAAAAAAAUGAGGGCUAUUUCAUGGACAAUGAAGAAGAAAGUGGGGAAAAAAUACAUCAAAGCCCUUUCUGAGGAAAAAGAGGAGGAAAAUGGAGAGGAAGCCCUCCCAUAUCGGAACAGUGAUCCCGUGAUUGGAACACAUACAGAGAAGAUCUCCCUCAAACCCAGUGACUCCAUGGAUAGCCUGUACAGUGGGCAGAGCUCUUCAAGUGGAGUAACAAGCUGUUCAGAUGGAACAAGUAACAGGGACAGUUUCCGGCUGGAUGACGACAGCCCCUACUCAGGGCCGUUCUGUGGCCGGGCCAGAGUGCACACAGACUUCACACCAAGUCCCUAUGACACCGACUCCCUCAAAAUCAAGAAAGGAGACAUCAUAGACAUUAUCUGUAAAACACCGAUGGGAAUGUGGACAGGGAUGCUGAACAAUAAAGUGGGGAACUUCAAAUUCAUUUAUGUGGAUGUUAUCUCAGAAGAGGAAGCAGCUCCCAAGAAAAUAAAGGCGCCCAGAAGCAAUAAAAGAGAGAGCGCCAAGACUCUGCAGGACUUCUUAGAGAGGAUUCACCUUCAGGAAUAUACUUCAACAUUUCUACUCAAUGGUUAUGAGACCCUGGAAGACUUGAAGGAUAUUCAAGAAAGUCAUCUCGUUGAAUUAAACAUUGCCAAUCCAGAAGACAGGAUGAGGCUACUCUCUGCUGCUGAGAGUCUCCUGGAUGAGGAGACCACUGAAGAGCAAGGAAAUGAAUCUGUGCCUCUGUCCUUAAGACCAGACAUCUCAAGUAAGUCACAGUUAGAUGACUGCCCAAGGGACUCUGGCUGUUAUAUCUCAUCAGGAAAUUCGGAUAAUGGCAAAGAGGACCUGGAGUCAGAAAAUCUGCCUGACAUGGUACAGAAGAUUGCCAUCACAGAACCCAGUGACUGAACACACAUUCACUGAUCUCCUUAUCUACAGAGGAAUUCCAUUUGAACUCUUCAUCUGCUACAAGAUCAAAUGGAAGUGUUCCAAAUGCAUUCCAAAGUGCAGAUUGUUUUAAUGUGAAUGAUUGCACAUACAAAUUUAUAUCUCUAAAUUCUCAAUGAGUGUGUGUAAAAUGUAUAUUUAUUAAAUGCUAUGUGUUAAAGUUCAUCUACCUAUAUUAGAAAAAUGAUAUAAUUCAAGAUACCAUGCCUGUGCAUGGUAUAUGCUGUACUUAGCUUUAUUUCAUAAGUGUAAAAAAUAGAAUCAUGCAAACUGUGUAUUUAUAUAUAUUAUUGAAUGUAUUAUAGAAAGCAUUUCAGUUGAACUGAUUUCUCCAGACAGCAUAUACACUCUUUUUUUUUUAAUUGCUGGAAAAACGUAGGCUGAGAUUAGAUACUUUGUUCUGAUUAAAGGUGGAGUUUUACUAAUGAUUUUCUGUUUAUUUCUUCAUUCUGUUAUCUAAUAUGCAGAUGGAGUUAACAAUAUACUUUCUGUUUUGAUUUAGUAAAAAUAAUUGUAGA